GAGAGGGUAAUAUUUAUUAAAAAUUAUGGUUUGUGGAAAUGAACUUUGAUGUUUGAUAUUGUUUUAUGUAAACUAGAAAUCGACGAUUCGCUGUUUUAAUCCAUUUUAUAAACAUAUCGCAAAUAGAAGGGCUAUAAAAACAUUUGACAGUGUUGUUUAUGUUAGAAAACCUUUGCAAAGUGUGCUUCCUACAAGUGUUUACACAUGUACACCCUCCUCCAUCCACCCACAAAGUAUUAGCCGAAUAUACAACACGCACAUUUCAUUUGUGACGCAGCAGCAAUACCAUUGUUAAUGGCUUCGAAUUCGCAAGUUGGAAAAAUUGUGGUCGUCGUUGCACUCACAUUAUUUUUCUACUAUUUCUUUUGGGUAUCCAUAUUGCCGUUUAUGUUAAUUGAUGAAGGUAACUUCAUACAUUCGUUAUUUCCGCCGCUUGAAUAUGCAUUCAUAUUUCCCGCAAUAUUUGGAGUGAUAUUUCUUGGUGGCAUAUCAAUAUACACGCUGUACCAUAUUUGGGAUCAUAUUUGGAAGAAAAAAACUAUCUAAAAUUGUACGUC